CGGUGACUGUGACUGUUCCAAGGUCGCCAGCCCAUCAACCUUAAUCCGCUGGUUCCGCCAUAGCAGAACCGUACAAACUGUUUUUUUCGAGGACGCUGUGUCGCCGUGCGCUUGCCUCCCUCGCCGUUUGAUAAACAAAGGGUGCGCUAAAUAAAUUAUCGUUGACUCGAUACCCAUGGAACCUUCCAUACCAUCAAUGUCUGAGGCUGCGCAGAGCCCAAGAGAGAUAUUCCAUCAUACUGAUGAUCCCGUGAGGAAUGGCUCAGGAAAGAAGAAAAAGUUGACGGAGAUUGAGAGGCUGGAACUUGAUAAUCAGCGAAUGGAGGAGCGGUUGAAUGCAUUGAGGGAAACAUUAGCACGACAGAAAGAGAAAAGAGCCUCGGCAAAUAAAAACUCUGUAUGGCGGGCCGGACAGCUUCAGAAAGGAACGUUGAACUCAUAUGCCGCCGACGUUUUGGCCAAGAAAAACGCUGCGUUACAGCGAUCACGCUAUGCCGGUAUCGGGCGAGAAGCUGAUGAGCGCCGUAAACAUCUGGACACCGCUAUCAAAAGCGUGUCACAGGCUUCUCCAAGUGCCUUGGCCACACAACCUCGUGAACAGCCAAUGGAAACCAAAAACCGACGAGGAUCAGAGGCUACUCCUCCGACAUAUCAAAUAAAACCGCAACCACCACCGCAACCAUCUCCCCCGCCGACCGGUAUGCAAAACGCGCGACCACCGAGAAUGUGGCGUGUCCCCUCUGCUUUAGGUCAUUACGGUGUGCCUCCAUCCCCCGGCCCACCAUCGACAUUACCACGAAACGCGAAUCCGCUUCUAACAGCCCCAACAUCACCCAGGCGCCAGUCCGAGGGAUACGUCUCUUCGCGGCGCUCCUCGGAGCAUUACACCUCGGCGCGACGUGGCUCGGACACAACAGUCAUCGCAAUCCCGCCUACUCCACCAAGAGAUAGUGAUUCGGCGAGAGAUGAUCUUUUUUCUGCCGUUGAGGAAGGACGCAAUGAUGUAACGGUUUCGUUUGGAAGCUCGCCACCAGCAGCCGAUUCGGUUCUGUUAGAUCAUAGCAGUACAGAUAGUCUUUUGGAUGGAUCUUUUGACGAGGAAGCAUCGCACAAGUCAUUUGUUCAGGCUUUGGAGGAGUGGCGAAAGGAGACAAUACAGAACAAUCCGAAAUCCUUAUCACCAUCGGGCAUAUCAGGCAACAGACGUGCCAGUGUAUCUCCGGUACGCGUUAUCAAAGGGUCUGCAGGGAAUAAUCCUGCGAAGCAAGGUCGAGUUCCAAACGAUGAUGACCUCUUUCUGCCCACGCACAAUGAAAGAAGCAGUCCAGCUCAUUCGCGACCACGUGCUGGAUCUCUUGCAACUAUUGGCAAGUCAAUUUCCAGUUUAACAACAACAUUAGGAGCAGCGCUAGGGAUUGGUGGAGGCGGCAAUGCAACCGGGGUCACUUCCCGCUACGCUUCAGAUUCGGGAAUUUCAAAUUCACUUGUACAAACAUCUGCUCCAGACACUGACAUAUCUCCAUCAAAGAGUCGCUUUGAUGCGACCGUGGAACCUCCUACUUUGGAUAGCCAUCAAACAUCCCUUUUGGACGGUGGUUACGACGAGAGUGAGUCUCAUCGUUCGUUUCUGGCUGCACUAAACCGGUGGAGGGGCGUUCAGGAAGGUGAUGAAGAGUACAUUAAUGUCGCUGGUAAGCGAGCCGCAACCGAAAGCAACGAAGGUCCUUCUUCGAUAUCUACCGCCACGGAAACACCUGCGCGUAUUUUACCAUCGCGAGCAGCAGAGGCCGCUGAAAGCGCAUUCGCCCAGUCCACGAAUGGGUUAACAUACAUGGAACGUCUUUUACUGGGAAAGUAUCGGCAUGAGCUUGAUCCUUCUGCACUUGAUGUCGAACAGGGUGGUAGCCCGUCCAAGAACGACGAGAGCGCCACGAGCAAGCCCGCGCAUGACGACAGUACAGUCCAAAAAUCCCUGCAGACGAGAGCUGCUGAGAGUGAAGGAAGUCUCAUAGAUGGCACUGACCCAGAAGACGACCUAACUGCUCUGCCUGUUACUACUACGAUAGCUUCACUCAGUUACUCAACGUCAGCUCCCAAGACAUUCUUGAACUUGCCUAAGCUAACAAUCGAAGAUGUGACCGAGAACGAAGAGGCUGCAUUGAUGGCGAAUGGGAACGUGGUGGAAUGUGUGGGAAGCGAUAAGUUAGUCAUACAAGAGCCGGAUGAUGAGCCCCUCUGAGGACAGUGGAUUUAGCAGACAUUUGGAUGUCUUGUUACUAUUUAGAAUCUCUGUAUAGGAUAAAUUGAACAUUGUCUCAAGGGUACGUCAGACAUAUGUGUCAACAAUAUUUGAUUUGAAUGAGAGAAGCUACGAGCUUCCAACCGAUA